UUGUAGACAUUUUAUUAACAACUAACCAUAAGGAGCCCGACAGUGAUUGACUUAGUUAGUUUCACUCACUAACACUAAGGAUUAAAGUAAGGGUUAAUAGAAAGUAGAUGUACUCAAGUACUUUACUUAAGUACACUUUUGAGGGACUUGGACUUUACUUGAGUAUUUCAAUGUUUUGCUACUUUCUACCUCUACCCCACUCAGAGUUGUAAAGGAUCAGCAGUGAAGAUGCCUCUGAUACCAGUUGUGCCAGAGAACCACAGUCAUGUCCUGGCAGAGUUUGACUGCCUCGAUCCGCUUCUGUCUGCUCUCCGUUUAGACUCUGGCAGGCUAAAGUGUACCUGUUUGGCAGUCUCAAGGAAGUGGCUCGCAUUAGGAACAUCAGCAGGAGGGUUGCACCUGAUCCAGAAGGAGGGCUGGAAACAAAGGCUCAUCCUCACCCACAAGGAGGGAUCUAUUACUCAGGUGGCGUGUUGCCCUCAUGAUGAAGACUUUAUCGCGAUUGCAACAAGUCAGGGUCUGGUGGUGGUGUGGGAGCUGCAGCUGGAGCGGAGGGGUCGUCCGGAGAGAGUGAGUGUCUCCUGGGAGCACAGAGGCCAGACCAUCACGUCCCUCUGCUGGGACACAAGCACACUCAGAGUGUUCGUCGGGGACACAGGAGGCAAGGUGUCCCUUCUGCGUGCGGGAUCCUCCAAGCUGGGCAAGGGGUCAACAUUCGUUAUCUUCCCUGUUCAGACCGUCACCACUGUGGACUCCAGAGUGGUUCAGCUCGGCUACCAAGAUGGCCGCCUGCUGGUGUCUUCCUUGAGCCGCUGCUACCUCUGUGACACAGAUAGGGAGAAGUUUUGGCGUGUUGGAUAUAAGGAGCGUGAUGGAGAGUAUGGAGCGUGUUUCUACCCUCAGAACAGGGGCUUAUUGGUUGGACAGCCCCCUCUGCUGUACUCCGCCCGGCCGGGGUCUCGAAUAUGGGAGGCCAGCUUCAAUGGAGAGGUUCUGAGCACCCAUCAGUUCAAACAGCCCCUGGCCUGUCCUCCUCUCCCUCUCAUCACCUACAGAGAUGAGCCACAUUACAACCCAGCACAGAAGAGCCCGCAGUCAAUCGCCUUCACUAAACUGCUUUACUUUGGAGACCAGAACUUGCUGACCUGGACUGACUCGGCAAUUUAUAUCUUCACACCUCAGAACGGACAAGUGCUUCUGUGGACUGAAGUCAAAGACUUGGUUAAUAUUGCAGUCUACCGCAACGAGCUCUUCUGUCUCCAUGGCAGCGGGCGUCUGUCCCACCUCUCGCUGCUGUCUGCUGAGCGCUGUGUGGAGCGUCUGCUGCGCAGGGAGUCCUGGCCUCUGGCGGCUGGGGUCUGCUGUAUGUUCCAGCACACAGUCACCAGCAGCAGGGCCAGGAAAUCAAUUCCCAUCGACCGUCUGGAGCACCUCAGGUCUCAGCUCAGCUCCAGCACACACCCCGAGCUGUGUGUCCAGCUGGAGGAAGUCAUCUCCAAACUGGAGCCUCUGGACUCGGCCUCCAGCAGCCGCAGGAGCAGCAUCUCCUCACACGAGAGCUUCAACGUCCUGGACUGUGGGAUCUAUCGUGUGAUCAGCCGCAGAGGAAGCCAGUCGGACGAGGAGACGAGCUCCCUCAUCAACCAGUCAGCGUCCGAGGAGGAGCGCCUCAAAGAGUUCAGUUUUGUGCAGGAGGAGGAUCAGGUGGAUCAUGAUCCUCAGAGCGCUGAGCGAGUGGAGGCCGAGCGAUCCGAUUCAGGCCUGCAGUUCCACCUCCCCCUCUCAUUUCGCCCCAAACCCCCCCGCAUCGCACUGCAGGCCGUCAAAGACAGUGUUUCUAGCUUUGUUAAGAAGACAACGGAGAAGAUCAACAUCCUCCAGAUGAACUCUGAGCUCUGGCAGCGGACUGAAUUCAGAGAGGGCGGACAGGCAGAAAUCUCAGCCACAACUUCGUUCUCAGAGGAAAUGGACAAUGAAGUUUAUGAUGAAAUGCCGACCAUAGAGUCCGACAUGCAGGAACUUCGGUCAGCGACAGAGCGAGCUAUCUCCCAGAUUCAAGAUCCUUUGGUGCUGCUGGACCCAGACUGCCUGGGGGAAACUCUGCUGAAGUGGCUGGUGGUGCUGGAGCGAAUCCUCGGACCUGCUGAUCACGGGUCAGCCGCUGCAGGUGAUUCAAUAACGGAUGGUCUCGGAGAAGAGCGUUGGGAUUAUCUAAACGCCUGCUCAGAGCAACAAGAGGAGUCGUCGUUGUCGUCAGGUGAACCAAGAGAGAGUAUGACAGAGGAGAAGACAGAGGAGUCUCCUGAGCUCGGAGAAAAAGAGGACCAGUGUGACUCCUCUGAGAAAGAGCAUGAAGUUUCAAAUGAGACUCGUCCAGAUCCGGUCCGAGUGGCGUCUCCUAAAGCUGUACCAAUGGAUCUCCUGGCCGAUCUCAACCAGCUGGCCACGCUCUACACGGAGCUGAGCUGCUUCAGGAAGGAGGAGAAUGAACGAGCUUUGGGAUGCAUAGCUUUCCUGCGCCGCUACUUCUUUCUGCUGGACCAGGAGCGUGUGAGGAGGAUGUGUCUGCUGUGUCAUCAGGAGCAGCCCGAGGCGCAGCGCUCCUUCACCGAGGCCAUGCUAGAUGUCACUCAGCACAGUAAGGUGGUGGAGGUGAUUCAGAGAGGAGAUCUGCUGAGGUCUCUGCGCAGUCUGAGAGAGCUACAGCCCUGCAGUGCCCCCCCUCUCCUCGCUCACUUACACAGGCUGUAUGAGAAGCACGGGGAGGCGGCUGUGCGCUCGUUUACGCAGUUUUACCCCACGGUAACUCCUGCUGAUAUCAUGACCAUGGCUCAGCAAAGCCACUUCCUGGCAUACCUGGAUAAUCUGGUCCAAUCUCGAACUGAAGAGGACAGGUUAUCCUUUUUGCAGUCCCUUCUUGAACCAGAAUCACUCAGACAGGAUUGGCUGGAGCUGGCACUUACCCACGAUGCACCUCAACGCUGUGACACGCUGAACCCCGAUGGAGAGCCCAGGUGGCACUCUCACUGUUUCAGCUGGGGUUACGGACGCCUCCUGUCUCUCCUAAUCCGUCUUCCUGCAGAUCUGUCCUCCAAGCAGAAGAUGGCCGAGACGUGCCGCAGUCACGGAUACUGGACGGGCUACAUCUCGCUCUGCUGUGAGCUGCAGCGCCGCACCGAGGCGUUCUCCGCCAUCUGUCGGCUGGAUGACAUCAGUCUGCUGCAGGAAGCUGGUGGAGUGGAGCCUCAGACCCUGGAGGAGUGGAAGCUGUUGAUCCGGUUGUCUCAGCGCUGCAGCGGGGCCACAGACUCAGAUCAGCUGACCGGUGUGAAUGGGAGCGGCUGGUCCAACGGCUCAGAGGACUGUGGAGGGAAGAUGAGCCCGGAGACCCUGACCCUGAUGCUGGCUCGCUGCGCCGGGCCCGACCGCGCCAUGGCUGUCCUGGAGGAGUGCGGGGUGCAGCUCGACCUUUCACCCCACUCCAAACUGGUCUGUGAGCUGCUGAGAGUGACUGAGAAGAGGCAGAGAGCGAUGAUCCAGACGAUGCUGGAGCGCUGCGAUCGGUUCCUGUGGUCUCAGCACGCCUAACUGAAGACCAGCUGCAGCUUCUCUACAUAAACAACAUAACUAACACUGAAAUGUACCUGCUGUGAAGCUGCAACCCAAUGUAUGCGCUGUAAUUAAUGUCAAAGCUUUCAAGUUCAAUGAAGGAACGUGUCUUCCCAAUACUCUCCACAGUAUUAUUAGCUUGAACAUUGGCACGGAACUUGCUGGAUCACGGAUACUUUUUUUAUAUAUAAAAAUGAACUAAACAGGUAACACAUGUGAAUAAAAACUGUCUAUAAGAUUAUUAUAAUUUUUUAUGUUUUAAGAACAAAAUAUUUGUCAUUAAUAUGCACGACUAAGUCCCCGUAAAGAGCAGAAAACAAACACAAUUUUAACAGCAGAUGUCUUAAUUAAUUAAUUUUGUUUAUUUUCCGCAAACAGCAAUAAAAAUGUAAAACAAUAAUAUAUAUAUAUUCUUUUUUUUACUGUUUAUUUAUUUUUAUUUUUUGUCUUUAAAGUCAUAUAAAAUGCAUGUUUCUGCUCCUUACUUUAGUUUUACUGCACCAUUUAAGUUAUCAAACGGGUAUAAAAGAAUGUGAUCUGACUCUUUAUCUACCUUUACGUCCGUGCUUAUGUUUUCUUCAACGGGACACGAAGUAUUUUCUACAUUUCAGAUGUUGAACGUCACAUACAGUAGAUUAUGGAUAAUGUGGAGAUCAUUUUAAUAACUUGGUAACGAAAUGGGACUGAUGACUCGGUUGAUGGUAUCUCACACCUGGAGCAUCAAAGGCAGGACGGGGCGGCCUGGUGCGUCACUGUUGACAUUUUAAGGCUUUCAGUGGACACAACUGCGCUCUGAGUCACAUCCUCUGCACCCAGUUAACUGACCUUUAUUUCUGACAUACUUUCUUAUGUUCUUCUUUAUCAAUGUUUCUUCAUUUAUUUCCCCGAAUCCUUGUCUAAACGGUGAUGGAGGAAGUAUUCAGUUCCUGUCCUUUGAUAAAAGUACUAUUACCACUCCGUUAAAUACCUUGUUAUAAGUUAUGUGUUGUAUUAAAAAAAGUACGAGUGUAUAUUUAGGAACAUAUUGAAAGUAAUCAAUGCAGAAAAAUGACACCUGACUGUACUAAUACUUUACUUACUCAUGUAUUAAUGUAUAAGCAGGAUUUUACUGUUGUAGUUGUGAGGUGAAGCUAAUUUCUAUUUAUUUUGUACAGGAUUGCAACUAAUUAUUUUCAUUAUGGAUCAACGGCCUCAAUGUUGAAUCAAUUCAGUUGCUUGUUUGAUAACAUUUCUCCAUUUAAUAAUCCAAACUUGAAAAAUAUGAAUACAAAUCCAUAAAAUAAUAACAAGGUUUUCCUUGUUAUUAUUUUAUGGAUUUGUAUUCAUAUUUUUAUUAAAUCCUCACUUUUGAGAAUAGAAGCUGGCAUUCAAUUUAUAUAAAAAAACUAAUGAAUGAAUGAGCUCAUCUUGUAUUGUAUACAGGGUCAGGUACAGUAGUGUUAUUUUUACAACAGUGUCAUAGUAAAGAAGCUUUUCAUAUGUUCUAUAUGUCAGUGUUAAUCUCUAUAGUAACUAAUCCAAUGAAAUAAAUGUAAUGCAAUAACAAGUAAAGGAUUGGCUUAUCUAAAGCCAGUUGAGUAACACUUGACAUUGUUUGGCUCUUGAAACCUGAUGUACUUAUAUGAUUCUGUUUUCUUCAAGUUUGUAUCUUGUUGGUCGAACGCACUUAUUGUAAGUCGCUUUGGAUAAAAGUGUCAGCUAAAUGUAAUGUAAUGUAAAAGUACAAUAUUAGCCCUGAAAUAAAGAAGAGUAAACUUGA